UCGAAAAAAAAAAGGGGGAGGAGCGCCGGGCUCCUCUUUUGCCCAAAUUAAAAAAUAUACAGAGCAGAGAGAGAAGAGAGAAGUGGGAGGGGGGAGGACGAUGAAGAUGAUGAAGAUGAUGAAGGCGGUGAAGAAACUCAAGGUGUGGACCAAGAAGAAAAGGAACCAGUUGCAGCGCAGGACCAGCAUGAGCACGAGCAAGACCAAGACCACUCUCAUUAUCAGCAGCAGCAGCCGCGAUUGCUGCCCUCUCCUCCCCAUGCAUUCGGCUGGAAUAGAAACCGAAAUCGCAAUCUCAUCGUCGUCUGCAUACUGGAGUCCAAGCACUGUGCCCUCUGCUCCCCCUCUUCCCCCGUGGCUCGUCCUCGAGCACGAGGACCCCGAGCACGAGCAACGCUUCAAUUUCGCUUAUCCAUGCCCACCGCAGCCGUGCCACGAAGCCAUUCCGGAUCUUACGACGUGCCGCCCGAGCGGCGGAAUGAUGGGGUGUAUGGUUCAGUUUGGGAUUCACGUGUUUCGCUGCUUCUGCCCUUGUUUCCACGUUCGCGAUCCUCCUCAACAUCACCCCAAGCUUCACCCCAACUGAGUUUCGUCGAUGGACGAGGGAAGGGGGGGCGGGCGUUGUUCAUCUUUAUCUUUUUAUUUUAUUUUAUUUUUAGUUCGUCUGGCUUUAUUUUUCCCGCUUAUUUGUCAUUGCGAACAUAUAUAUUGGCAUAUCAGACCGUUUCUUCCCUAUUUAUAAAAUAUUCCGGAAUAAUUUCAAUCAAAGAA